AGCUGAGCGCGAGGCCAGCGCCAGGUGCCCGUCCCCAGCCGGCGCCAGGGCUCAGCGUGUCCGAGCGCGAGGGAGUGUGUGCGAGCGCCCAAAAAGCCAGGAGCGAGGGGAGGGGACGGGGAAGAGCGACGGCGGGCGCAUGCGCUCGGGCCGACCGUGCCAUAUUGGAAUGAGGCGGUGAGCGGAGCGCCGGCGAGCCUUGCCCGAGCCCCGGCAGCGGCGCAGGGCUGGAAAAACUCCCCGCAGUUUUUGUCUGACUAUCCUGGAAGCAUAUAGAAACAAAGACAGUGGAGACCAGAUGAGUUCAAAGCAGUGACUGAGGUGGCUCCAGCAACUUUUACAGCUACCAAGGAAUAUUGCCAGAUUGCUGUGGAGAUGAAUGGAGAACAGCAGCAGGAGACAGAUGCAGGAUCUGGUGUGGAAGAAGCUGAAUUUAAUUGGGAUGAGUAUUUGGAAGAUACAGGAGCGGUUGCAGCACCCCACGGUUCAUUUAAGCAUGUGGAUACUAGCCUACAAAAUGGCUUUGCACCUGGCAUGAAAUUGGAGGUUGCUGUUAAGCCUGACCCAGAUACAUACUGGGUAGCCACCAUCAUUACCACUUGUGGGCAGUUACUGCUUCUACGAUAUGAUGGUUAUGGAGAGGACCGCAAAGCUGACUUCUGGUGUGACAUCAUGACAGCUGACCUGCAUUCAAUUGGCUGGUGUGAACAGAACAAAAAGGCUCUCAGAGUGCCUGAAGGCAUCAAGGACAAAAUUUCUAACCAGGAAGAGUUUCUGCAGCAGUCUCUGAAAGGAGCUUGCAGUGCUCCUGCCAACCUUCUAGAAGGGCUCCAUAGAGGGAAGAAUCCCUUGGACUUAAUUGCCCCUGGUUCAAGACUAGAAUGUCAGCACUUGAAGGAUUCCCUGGGAGCUUGGAUAGUCAGUGUAAUAGAAAAUAUUGGUGGAAGGCUUAAACUGCGUUAUGAAGGACUUGAAGAUUUGGAUCAGUAUGACUUGUGGAUGUUCUACUUGGAUCCCUUUCUCCAUCCUGUGGGUUGGUCAACUCAGCAGGGUUACAUCCUUGAACCUCCAUUAGCUUUUAGGCACUUGAAGACUGAGGCAGAAUGGCAGGAGAUUCUAGCAAAGGUAAAACAGGAAGAAGAAGAAUCUUUGGUGCCUACUGAUUUAUUCAAGGACAAACCUGUUGUUGGCAUUCACUCAUUUUCUGUGAAUAUGAAGUUAGAAGCUGUUGAUCCAGAAGCACCUUUUAUAAUCUCACCUGCUACUGUUACAAAGGUAUUCGAUGAUAAAUAUUUCAUGAUAGAAAUAGAUGAUUUGCGACCAGAGCAUACCACAAGAAAGUCUUAUAUCUGUCAUGUCAACAGUGCUGGUAUUUUUCCUGUGCAGUGGAGUCUAAAGAAUGGCUUACAUCUCAGCCCUCCACCUGGCUAUCCUGGGCAAGACUUUGACUGGGCAGACUAUCUCAAGCAAUGUGGAGCUGAGGCUGCUUCCCAGAGCUGUUUUCCCUUGCUGAAUUCUGACCAUGGUUUUAAGGAGAACAUGAAACUAGAAGCUGUGGAUCCACAAGACCCAGAAGAAAUUUGUGUUGCUACAGUUACAAAGGUGAAGGAUUCCUAUCUCUGGCUACAGCUAGAAAGCUCUAAACUGUCAGCCCGUGAGUGCAUUGUGAGUGUAGAAUCUAUGAAUAUAUUUCCAGUAGGUUGGUGUGAAACUAAUGGAUAUCAGCUCAGACCUCCUCGCAGAGGAAUAGUGAACAAGGAGAAGAAAAUUGCAGUGGUCCAACCAGAAAAACAAAUAUUGUCUUCAAGGACUAUCCAUGAGGGACUAAAGAGCCAGGAACUGAACUCAGCUGACACAGUUGUAACUAAUGGCAAAUACUGCUGUCCAAAGAUCUACUUCAAUCAUCGCUGCUUCUCAGGGCCAUACCUUAAUAAAGGUAGAAUUGCAGAACUGCCACAGUCUGUGGGACCUGGGAAUUGUGUACUUGUUCUUAAAGAGGUUCUCUCUCUCUUGAUCAACGCUGCUUAUAAACCCAGCCGUGUUCUUAGGGAAAUACAAUUGGAUGAGGAGGCUUCAUGGCAUGGAUAUGGAGAAACCCUGAAAGCAAAGUAUAAAGGCAAGAGCUAUCGUGCCACAGUGGAAGUUGUGAGAACAGCUGAUCGAGUGGCAGAAUUCUGUAGGCAGACCUGUAUCAAACUGGAGUGUUGUCCAAAUCUCUUUGGGCCCCAAAUGGUGCUAGACAAGUGUUCAGAGAACUGCUCAGUUCUGACAAAAACCAAAUACACCCAUUACUAUGGGAAGAGAAGAAACAAAAGGAUUGGCCGGCCACCAGGUAUCCACAGCAACAUAGAAGCAAGCAUGAAGAAGGCAAGCAAAAAAAGAAAGAAACGGAAAAACUUUUUUGUUCAUAAGAAGAAAAGAUCUUCUACCUCUGUGGAUAACACACCAGCUGGCUCACCCCAAGGCAGUGGGGGUGAAGAAGAUGAUGACCAGGAUGAAGUAGAUGAAGAAUCCCUAACAGAGGACAGCGGCUCGGAUCACCAAGACGAACUGCUUGAAGAAUCUGAAGUGUCAGAGAAGAAAUCACAAUCCUCCUCACCAACACAGAGUGAGCGGUCACAUAUUGUGGCUCAAGACCGGGACAAACGGAAAAGAAAGCUACGUACUUUUUCUUUCUCAGAUGAUGAAAAUAAGCCUCCCUCACCAAAGGAAAUCAAGAUAGAAGUUGGUGAAAAGCUGCAGCUGGAUAGCAACCCUUUGGAAUGGAGUGUAGCUGACGUUGUGCGAUUCCUCAAAUCCACAGACUGUGCUCCAUUAGCUAGAAUAUUUCUGGAUCAGGAAAUAGAUGGGCAGGCACUUCUCCUACUUACUCUUCCCACUGUUCAGGAGUGCAUGGACUUGAAGCUUGGCCCAGCCAUUAAACUUUGCCAUCACAUUGAAAGAGUCAAAUUUGCCUUCUACCAGCAGUUUGCUAACUAAAAGGAGGGCAGCAAGUUGAACCUGAAUUUUUGAAGCACAAGUGCAGUCUCCUGCUCUUCCUUCAGCAGGGGAAGCCAAGGAAGAUCCCAUGGAAACUGCUCAUAAACUGGCAUUUGCAGCCUUGCACUUUGAAAGAAGGAAAAAAGACUCCUGGGGCAAAAUAUUAAUGCAAUCCUAGCUGUCUUCACAAAUGCUGCUCGUUCUGUCCAUCAGAGCCUUUUCUUCUAAGAAAUAAAGGUGGUUUAAGGUCUCUCCUCUGAAGGGAGAAAUAUUAUUUUCUCAUUAUGGUCUGGAAAGAGCCAAACUGACAGCAUGUGCAAGGGAAUGAAAUUUGGUGGAAAUCUCCCUUUCCUUAAAUUCACAGAACUGUCUCUAUUUUCUUUGUAUUAAGAUGAUACUUUAAAAGGAAAACUUGGUGUCAAGGUAAGUGGGGUGGCCAAAAACCUGAAAACAAAUAAGUACAGUCAAGUUUUAUUUGUUUGCAAUCUUAUUUUAGAGCUUGCUUUCUACCUCUGCAACCUGAAAGCGCUACAAGGAAAAUACAUUCUUUUAGAAAGGUCGUAUAUGGCUAUGCAACAGGUGUUUUGCAGAAGCGAUGAUACCGAUUGUUUCUCAUGACAGAGGCUCUGUGCUUUUAAUAGGCAUUGUUUUCCCUGUUGUGGAGAAGUUCAUGCUUGUUGGAGUUUCUACCUGUCACACUGCUGUUAAAGGCAUAAAGUUAGAAAUUUAUAUGUUUGUGUAUGGUUCUGCUUUCAAUUAAACAGCUGCAGAGGAACAGUAACAUCUUCAUUAAUGCAAUUUGUUCUCCUUGAAAAGAUUUUAACAAUAUGCUGUUUUUGUAGGGAAAAUCAAAUUAUAAUGGGGAUGUUUUCUCUCUUGUAAUAAUUUGUUUGAAAACUGACCUUGCAUAUGUUGAGGAGAGAUAAAUACAAAAGUAGAGCUCAUACCAGUUCUCAAAUAUUAUGAGUUUCUCCAGAUAAUUGUAGUUGUUUCAUAAAAGCAUGGAGAGAAUGGUUUUCCCUCUUCUCGUUAAGUAUAUAAUGGAACAUUAUUUCUUAUGUCCUUUUGUGGCAUAGUUCAUGCAGUACAUAUAACUAUGGGUAAGCACUGGGAGAUGGGGUUCCAUGUUUCUCCACAUAACUUCUGCGGCUUAAUGUAGAGAAAUCAACAGUAUGUUUUCAGUUUCAUGUGGUGAUGAUUAAUAUCCAUUGAACAGUUCCCUGCCAUUGCAAAAACUCUUGGUUGCUACAUAACUAGUGAAGAAAUACAGGCUUGAAUUCUGCAGAGUGGUUCAAAAGGAUCCAGGUUUUUGCAUUUUUUCUGUGUUGAGAUAUCCUUUCUGCCCAUUAUAUGUGUGUUAAAUGUGAAGCAUAUUUGGUCACUUUGAUCUCUAGAUAUCUGGGAUUUACAGGAUGAAACUUGCUGUAUUUAUGGGGAUGGUCUGGGGAUAUAAAUGAAUGUUUCUGUUUAGGAAGAAGAUUCUUAAAGGGACAUUCCUUUAAAAGAACCUUCCUAUCUGUAUGAGAUCCUAGAAUGCGGCUGCUGAAUGAUUCUCCAGAGCUUUCAUACUUUGGGUCUCAAUCAAAGUAGAUUUAAUACAUGGAAUGCUAUGUGAAUUAUCUCAUAAGCUGAGUUUGCAGCUGUAUUUGUAUACUGAAAUUCAUACUACUCAUCUGGCCAUUUUAUUAUGAGAAAUGCACUUUGUGUCUGAACACCUCUAUUUGGCAUAGGGAAAAAAUUAAUUUCCCCAUCAUUCAACCUCAGUGUAUCUUUUGCUGUGAUAAAUGGGCAGCUGUUGGAUAUCUUUUGACAAAAAUAAUCCUAAAGGAAAUCAUACGAAUUUAAUAUAAUACAAAUUUUUAUGUCUAAGGUUUUUCAGGGUUUUUUUAAGUAAAAAUUUCAUACUUCGUGCAUUGCUGUAAAUAAGUCACCUGUCUGAUGCCAGUGGAGUAGUUGCUGGCUAUCCAGGCUAUAUUUUUAAGCUGAUUUUUCUGUCUUGCUUUAGCAGUUUGGUCCCAGUGGGAUCCAUUUAGGGAGUUUCAAAAACAGAGAUGCUUUCCAUUGUUACUUUUAGUAAGUCAUUUCUAUGCAACACACGGGUACUUGGAUUUCUUGAGGCAGUUUGUGUGGACUGGAGUGUAAAGGGUUUGACACAAUCUACAAAGCAUUCACUUCCUUAAAUAGUUCUGAAAUAUUCUCAUACUUCAGUAAAAAUGUGACUUCAUCUACAAAA